AACACGCUUGGUAAAAUUUCAACUAGAAUUUGCUGUAUAACAUUACUCUUCUUUAUUUAUACAACUCCGGACAUUGUUCGACAAUCAUUCCUUUAAUGUAGAUUUAGAAAAGAAGAAGAAGAAAGCAAUAACUUAUGUUCUUCCUUGCUCACCAUGGUUCACUCAAACUCAAAUUUUAAAACGCUAAAUUCUCUCUCUAAACUCUUCAUUUCUUCCUUUCUCCUCCUAUACACCGCCAUUGCCGAUGACGGCGUUUUCAUGUCGAAGCUCGCGAAAUCACUUUCACCAACUCCGACAGGGUGGACGACGGCGAGCUCAUUCUGCACCUGGAACGGCGUGAAAUGCGACUCUAACCGCGUUACAUCGAUCAACUUAACUUCCAAGUCACUCACCGGAACACUACCUUCCGAUCUGAACUCACUCUCUGAACUCACGAUAAUCGAUUUCCAGUCCAACUCGCUCACCGGCGUGUUACCUUCACUCGCUAAUCUAUCUAAUCUUCAAUCAGUUUUUCUCAGUAGUAACAACUUCACCUCAAUCCCCGAUGGUUGUUUUCAGGGACUCACUAGUCUCCAGAAGCUUUCCAUGAGUGGAAAUACCAUCCUCAAACCGUGGAAGUUUCCAUCUGAGUUGACUCAGUCUUUGAAUCUCGUUGAACUCGACCUUGGACAAACGAAUCUCAUUGGUUCCUUGCCGGAUAUAUUUGCUCCAUUGUUCAGUUUGAAGAAACUUCGUCUCUCUUACAACAACCUCACCGGAGCUUUACCGAACUCGUUCUCAGGAUCUGGGAUUCAGAACUUGUGGCUCAACAACCAACAAGAUGGUUUUGGGUUCACUGGUUCUCUUGAUUUGCUUUCUUCAAUGUCUCACUUGACUCAAGCGUGGUUUCUGAAGAACAAGUUCACUGGACCCAUUCCUGAUUUAACAAACUGUACUAAUUUGUUUGAUCUUCAGCUUCGUGAUAAUCAGUUAACAGGCGUUGUUCCGCAAUCUUUGAUGAGUUUACUUAGUUUGACGAAUGUUUCAUUGGAUAACAAUUAUUUACAGGGUCCUUUUCCUUCUUUUGGGAAAGGUGUAGAGGUUACUCAUGAUGGGAUCAAUAGCUUUUGUAAAGAUACUCCUGGACCUUGUGAUCCGAGGGUUACUACUUUGCUUGAUGUUGCUGCUGGUUUUGGGUAUCCUCUUCAGUUGGCUAGUUCUUGGAAAGGGAAUGAUCCUUGUCUAGAUUGGAGCUUUGUUGUGUGUUCUGGAGGGAAGAUUAUUACUGUGAACUUAGCUAAGCAGAAUUUAAAUGGAACAAUUUCACUUGCAUUUGGGAAUUUAACUGAUUUGAGGAAUUUGUAUUUGGAUGGUAACAACUUGUCUGGUUCCAUACCGGGGAGCUUGACGGGUUUGACUCAACUUGAGGUUUUAGAUUUGUCUAACAACAAUCUAUCUGGAGAGAUUCCUAAAUUUUCUACUAAAGUGAAGCUCAAUUCUGCUGGUAAUGUUUUGCUCGGGCCUUCUGGAGGUGAUAGGGGAAGUGGAGCAACUCCGCCAGAGAGUUUUGGUGGUGCACCAAGUGGAAGUCCAUCGGGAAAGUCAAGUGGUUCUUCGCUGUCACCUGCUUGGAUUGGUGGUAUAGCUGUUGUUGCUUUGUUUUUUAUUGCAGUGGUGUUGUUUGUGUUUGGUAAGUGUUAUUCUAAAAACUGGCUUGGUGGAGUUCCAAGCAAGUUACAGAAUCAGGGAGUUCCCGGAAGUGAGCUAAGUGACCUUCAGGUUUUUGAGGGUGGAAAUUUUACUUUUUCAUUCCAUGUUCUUAGGCAAGUAACCGGAAAUUUCAGUGAAGAUAAUAUUUUGGGUAGGGGAGGAUUCGGAGUUGUUUAUAAAGGGGAGUUGCACGAUGGAACUAAGAUUGCCGUGAAGAGGAUGGAAUCUGUUGCAGUGGGAACUAAAGGAUUGAAUGAGUUCGAAGCAGAGAUUGCAGUUCUAACUAAAGUUAGGCAUAGGCAUUUGGUUGCUCUUUUAGGAUUCUGCAUUAAUGGAAAUGAAAGGCUUUUGGUGUAUGAGUAUAUGCCUCAAGGAACAUUAACACAGCAUCUGUUUGAUUGGGGUAAAAAUGGACGUGCUCCUUUGACUUGGAAACAAAGGGUAGCAAUAGCUUUAGAUGUAGCGCGAGGUAUGGAAUACUUGCACAGCUUAGCUCAGCAAAGCUUCAUUCACAGGGACUUAAAACCCUCCAACAUAUUAUUGGAUGAUGACAUGAGAGCAAAGGUUGCUGAUUUUGGGUUGGUGAAAAAUGCACCGGAUGGGAAAUUUUCGAUUGAAACAAGGUUGGCGGGAACACUUGGAUAUUUGGCACCUGAAUAUGCAGCUACUGGAAGAGUUACAACCAAAGUAGAUGUUUAUGGAUUUGGAGUAGUUUUGAUGGAACUGAUUACGGGUAGAAGGGUAUUAGAAGAUACCAUGUCUGAUGAAAGAUCUCAUCUAGUUUCAUUGUUCCGUCGAGUAUUGGUCAACAACGAAAAUAUCUCCAACACAAUCGAUCAAACACUCAAUCCCGAUGAAGAAACCAUGAAGAGCAUAAAUAAGGUGGCUGAGCUUGCAGGCCACUGCAAUGCUCACAAACCAUAUGAGAGGCCAGAUAUGGGUCAUGCAGUGAAUGUCUUGGUUCCUUUAGUAGAGCAAUGGAAGCCUAGCAACCAUGAAGAAGAAGAUGGUUAUGAUGUUGACCUUCACUCGAGUCUUCCUCAAGCUCCGCAAAGAUGGCAAGCCAAUGAAAGUAUUUCCACAAUAUUUAAUGACAAGUCGUUCUCGCAAAAUCCAAUCAAGUACUUCAACAAAACUUGUUAGAAGUAUUUUCAAAGUAUUUACACCUGUUUUUAUUUGUAUAUAUUACACUUGAUUUUACAAGAUGCAGAAUGAAGAAUUUACAUCUAUUUUAAAAUGGGUGUAAAAAGAGAGUAUAUAACAUUUAAUUUUAUAUAUAAUAGGUGUAAGCUAAUAGAUAUUUCUAUACUGAAUUUCAAAGAAUUUACAUCCUCCUUUAUAUACCCGGUGUAAGAUUUCAUAUAUUUAUAUUGAAUUUUAAGGAACUUACACCUAAUAAUGUAUAUAACAGGUGUUAAUUGUUAGAUAUUUACACA